UGGGGUUUGAAGGAAGCGGAAGUGUCAGAGCAGGCGGAAGUGGUACUGCCCUGAAUAUCCCGAGCAGCGAGUGGAGGACGGCUUGAGAUACUCCCAUCGUUACGAGAAUAAAAUCAGGAUCCCUAAUACGCUCUAAAUCUCAAAAGAUGGAUAAGAACGACCUGGUGCAGAAAGCCAAGCUGGCAGAGCAGGCCGAGCGCUACGACGACAUGGCGGCUGCCAUGAAGGCUGUGACGGAGCAGGGCCAGGAGCUUAGUAACGAGGAGCGCAACCUGCUUUCUGUUGCUUAUAAGAACGUGGUGGGGGCCCGCCGUUCAUCCUGGCGCGUCAUCUCCAGCAUCGAGCAGAAGACAGAGGGCAAUGAGAAGAAACAGCAGAUGGCUCGUGACUACCGUGUCAAGAUUGAGGGUGAACUCCAAGAAAUCUGCCACGAUGUGCUGAACCUGCUCGACAAAUUCCUCAUCCUCAAUGCGUCUCAGGCAGAGAGCAAGGUGUUCUACCUCAAAAUGAAAGGAGACUACUUCAGAUACCUGUCAGAGGUGGCCUCUGGGGACUCAAAGAAGGAAACGGUGGAGAACUCUCAGAAGGCCUACCAGGACGCUUUUGACAUCAGCAAGAAGGACAUGCAGCCGACACACCCCAUCCGGCUGGGCCUGGCCCUCAACUUCUCCGUCUUCUACUAUGAAAUCCUCAACUCGCCCGAGCAGGCCUGCUCUCUGGCUAAACAGGCUUUCGAUGAGGCGAUCGCUGAGCUUGACACCUUGAACGAGGACUCAUACAAAGACAGCACGCUGAUCAUGCAGCUACUAAGGGACAACCUUACUCUGUGGACAUCAGAAAACCAGGGAGACGAGGGUGAAACCGGCGACGCAGACAACUAGAGCGCAAUUCACUGUUAACCCAUCCCCACACUUUUCCUCCUUUCCCUUUUAUCUCCUCCUCUUUCUUCUCUUCCUCUCUUCGUACACAUAAACAGCCCGUUCAUUCCCUCGUCCCACUUCUCCAAGCCCAGCCGCCUGACUUCCCUUCUGUAUAACCAACAGCAUGAAUAGCACCCGACCUUCACAAAUAUUAAUGAGCGAAUGAGGUGAGGGGAAGGACACAGCUCCAUCACCCUCACCCCUAUUUUUGCUCCUUCCCUUCCACCCACCCUCUCUCCAUCAUGGCACUCCAACACAGGCCAGCUGUCUGUCCUGUUUAGUCUUAUAGCACGUAGAGAGGGUUUUUAUCCUAAACCACAAACUAAAUUAACCUCCUCCAGAGCCCACCUUCUCCUGUUUAUACCUUCCUUGUUUAAUCUUUCUCUUCCAUCCCUCCCUCCUAACUUCUCAGUACGUUUCUCCCUCCUUACCCCCCCUUGUCCUAGUGAGUUAAAGCAUUUAUAUAGUUGUCCAUUCCUUUUCAUAGUGUACUGGCAAAAAAAAAAUGGCUGGUUUUAUUCCACUUUAAACAAAACAAAGGUUAUUAAACUGUCCGUUUAUUUUCAACAAACGCUGUGAUGCUUAGUUUUUCCUCCAAAUCCUCCUGACCUGGGACUGAAGGGGGUGGGUGGUUGUUCGAACAGCGGGGGAGUUCUGCUGGGGGUUUAUACAGAAGGUUGCUCCAUACAAGGCUGUAUUGUGACACUGACAAAGGUUAAGGAAGAGGGUUUUUUUACCGGCUGGGUAAUCAAACACUCACUGGUUUCCUUUUUGCCAACUGGAGCCUCAAAAGAUUUGACAUCAUUUCACACAUUUUUAGUUUGAAAAUAAAGGGAAAAAAAUGGUUUUAGCAAAAGUGGAAACAUUCCAUCUUCACUGUCAGCAAACAGGACCUGAUUGCGUCCCUGACCACGCCCUCAUGUCUUUUGCCUCUUGGUUUAUUUUUCUGGGUGUUUUUGAUCCUGUAACCACUCAGUUCUGUUUUUGAAAACUGUAGAAUUGUAAAACAUUUUUAAAGAUUAACUGUAAAUUUUUUUUGGACAUUAUGAUUUAAAAAUGUUCAUUACCACCUCCCUGCAGAUAAAACCUGGAAGCCGUUACAGUCAGCUGCUGUUUAAUGCUUUGGUGUUUUGAACCAGUUUUUUUGUUUCUGCCUUCCUUCCCUUCCCUCAUUCUGUCCAUUCCUGCCUUUGCAGACAUGUUUAGUCAAGUCUCGUGUUACCGCUCACGGCCGAACGCUGCAAAAAUGCAUGCCUUUAGCUGUAGCCGUUUUAAAUCUUCUGCAGCAUGAGUUCAAAACUGUGGAAUGACGCAGCUUUCUGGGCCCUGGGCAUUUCUGUUUCAGUCAAUCAGACUAAGUCCAUCAUGAAAAUCGUAAUUUCUCCUCUGCUCUUUUAAAACAGAUGAAGCUUAGGUGGAACUAGUUACUGCUUAAAUGUUUUUGGUGCAGAUAGAGGCCUCGGCGGGUACGUACAUUUAAGGAGCCAAAUCACAGCCGAUCAGCCAAUCGAGGAAAUGAGAACCUGUAGUUUGGAUUAUGGUUUUAGAAAAAUGUGCAGAUCAGUUGAGGCCCGCUUCCAGCUGCACCGAAAAAAGAAUAAAACGUUUUACAUGGUCAAAGAUUGGCUCUUUUCUUGACUAAACAUCCCACCAACAUCACACAGGUGUUAGAAAUCUGAUUUCAUUUUAGUCCUUCAACCCUUUUAUUGGCAGAUGUCGACUAAAAGGCUGCAACUUUUUUUCCCGCAAACAUUUUCCCCUUUUUCUACUCAGUGUCACAAUAACCUUGUCUAAACCAUCAUGACAUUCCACUCUGUAGAUGUAGAAGGUAUUUUUUUUUCCCUUGGGGACAAAUAUUUUCAUGCACUGACAUUUAAAAAGUAGAAAAAGAAAAAAAAAACAUCUCCUCCUCCCUGCUGCUCUUUUUUUCUCCUUAGCUGAACAAAAACAGUUAUUCUUCGCUUUCUAAGGACAAAACUGAUCCCAUGCAGUAGUGAAUGUGGCACCGAGCCUGUCUGUAUAUCUGGUAUCUGAAAUCAUUUUGUUUUUACUGACCAGUAUUCUGCUUAAAAUAAAACAAAAAUCAACCCAAAAACAACAAAAAAAAGUCUGCUUCUGUGACGGUUUUCUUGCUUAGCUCGCACGUGGUUGUGAAACUUUAGGGUUAGCUUAAAUAUACAAAUAAAUACACGAAAAUGUUUUUUUUAAAAAGUGGCAAAAAAAAAAAAUCCUGAGUACCUUUCCUCCACUCUGGUUCUUGACGUAAUAUUAGAUUUGUGUAUGUCUUUAAAAAACCCAUCCAACUCUAGUUUUACCUUACAUGUUAUAAACAGGACAAAUUGUAAAAGACGAUUUAAAGUGAAAUAAAGUUUUAUCAGUUCCGAUUCA